UGCUCAUGUGUGCUUGGUGCUUUCGGCGUUUAUAGCUCAGGUUGCUUCAUCCCUUUGUGCUGACUAUGUUCGUGUGUUUCGUGUAUGUGCGAGAUUGCUUUGUGCUCUCUGCUGUUCUUGCUUUCUUUUUGAUCUGUUUAUGUCUAACCGAGAGUGGAGAGAUUUUGGAUUAUUAUAUAUAUUUUUUUGUCUUUUUUUUAACUAAAAGAAUUAAAAUCCUAGUCAAUAAAAAAUUAUCUAAAAUAAAAUUAAAUCCUAUCAAUUAAAUUAAAUUUUUUUUAAAACAUAAUCCUAAAAAAGAUUAAAUUUUAUUUUUAUAUUUUUAUAUUUUUUAGUUAUUUAUUAUUAUUAUUUUAUUAAAUUUAAAAUGUCCGGACAAAAUACGGUGUUCACAAUUAUUAUAUUAUUUUAUUUAUUAAAAACCAUCUUACAUUUUUAAUCAUAUCCUUACUUAUUAAAUAAAAAUGAGUGACGAUUUGUGAAAAUACUUUUUUCCAAUUUAAAGGAUAAAAUUGAAAUAAAAGAGUAAUGCAUUAAUAUAGUUGUCACUGACUGAUUUUAGACGGCAGAUGAAUAUCUGAUAAUCAAAUGAUGCUUGCGGGAAUUCAUUUUAACUUUUAGAAGUCAACGAGUUAUGGUCUCUUUCUCUAUUUAUCAGUAUACCCUCCGUAGCUAAUUAGCUCCAUCAUCUGAUAUCUCCCACGGCCUCUCAAGAUAUUCGACUACAAUUGCUUGCUUUCACUGAGAAAAAAUGGCAGAACAAAUUCCUUAUGGUGUAAUUGUGAAUCUCAUUGGCAGGUUGAGUUCAUCAGCCUUCAGAGAGAUUUCAAGGAUUUAUGGCGUCAAGAGUGAGAUACAGAGACUUCAAGACACUGUUGGAACUGUUGAAGCUGUGCUUGUUGAUGCUGAGCAAAGGCAGCAGAACGACAAGCUUGUCAAGCUGUGGAUAAGGAGGCUCAAACAAGUUCUCUACAAAGCAGACGAUUUGCUUGAUGAACUCUAUACUGAAGAUUUGUUGCUCAAAAGAGAUGGAAAAGGAAAGGUAGAUGUCUUCUUUUCAUCCGUAAAUCCUAUUGCUUUUCGUGUCAAAGUUGCUGAUAACAUUAAAAAGAUAAGAGAUGAAUUCAAUGCUAUUGCUGAAGAUGUGUCUAAGUUGAAAUUAGUUAGGCGAGUUGCAGAAACGAGGCAUAAUGAGAUCAAUUAUCAGAGGGAAACUAGUUCUUUUAUGCAAGAGGAUAUCAUUGGGAGGGAGGAAAGCAAGAAGGAAAUAAUUGAUUUAUUGUUAAAUACCAAUAGCAAUGAAAAUGUUUCUUUCAUUGCUAUUGUUGGCAUUGGGGGUUUAGGAAAGACUACAGUUGCUCAAUUGGUGUACAAUGAUGUUGAAGUGAAAAACUUUUUCAAAAAACAAAUGUGGGUAUGUAUUUUUGAAGAGUUUGAUGUUAAGACACUUGUUAAAAAAAUAUUAGAAUUAUCCGUGGGCAGCAAAGUGGAUGACCAGCAGUUAGAACUACUUCAAAAUAAGCUUCAAGAGAAUUUGAAUGGCCAAAAGUAUUUGUUAAUCUUAGACGAUGUGUGGAAUCAGGAUCAUCAGAAGUGGUUAGAUUUAAAAAAGUAUUUGAAGUGUGGUGCUAAAGGUAGUAAGAUUAUAGUGACUACUCGUGACCAGAUGGUAGCAAGAAGCAUGGGUGUAAAAACCCCAUAUGCUUUGAAAUAUCUGACAAAUGACCAAUCUUAGAAUUUGCUUAAAAGAUUGACAUUUGGGCAGGACACAAUAUUGUCCCACAACAUAGAGUCCAUUGGUCCAAAAAUUGUGGACAAAUUUGGAGGAAUUCCACUAGCAAUAAGAGCCAUGGGAAGCUUGUUGCAAUCGAAAUUAGAGGAUGUUGAUUGGGAAGCCAUCUUAGAAGAUGAUUUUUGGAUGUUAUCAGAAAGUAAUAAGCCAGUAAUAUCAAUACUAAAAUUAAGCUAUGAUCACUUGUCAAGUGAAGUAAGAUAAUGUUUUGCUUAUUGUUCUUUGUAUCCAAAAGAUUGGAUAUAUAAUAAAAAUGACUUGAUUAAACAAUGGAUGGCGCAAGGGUACCUUAAACGUCAAGAUAAAAAAGAACAUCCAGAAGAUGUUGGUGAACGAUAUGUUAGUAUUUUGUUAAUGAGAUCAUUCUUUCAAGAUGUCCAAAUGAAUGAAUCUGGUGAAAUACAAUGUUUUAAAAUGCAUGAUUUGAUGCAUGAUCUCUCACAAUCGGUUGGUGGCUCUGAUUUUUUCUUUGAUAAUGAGGAGAGAAAAUCUGUUGCAAGGCCUAUGCAUGUUAACUUUUCUUAUAACUCUUCCCAUUGUUCAUUAGACUUAUUAGAUGCAAGUAGAUUGUGAACUAUGCUUGGGGUACGAGAAGUAUCAGAUGAUGGUCCAUCCAAUUUGUUGAAGUUCAAUUAUCUGCGCAGUCUCAGUUUGUUAAUUUGGGAUAUGAGAGUUUUGCCAAAGUCAAUAGAAAAAAUGAAGCAUUUAAGGUAUCUUGAUCUUUCUGAUUGUCCCAAUUUGAAGAGUUUGCCUCCAAGUGUAAGCAACCUAGUAAAUUUGCAAACAUUGAAGUUGAAUGGUUGUGUUGCUCUUGAAUUUUCUGUAGAUGUUGUUACAAAGUUAAUCAACUUGCGUCAUCUUCACAUUGAAAACUGUUAUGCCUUUAGAAAUGGGAUGCCAAUUGGCUUGGGCAGAUUAACAACUUUGCAAAGUUUAUCAUAUUUCACAGUGGGUGAUGAUGAUGCUGAUAAGGAGAGAAAGAAUGCUCAAUUGAAUGAAUUAAAAGGACUCAAGCUCAGAGAUGAACUAGUUAUUGAGAAGCUCAAUUCAGUAAGGAAUGUUGAAGUAGACUCCAAGGAUGUUAAUUUGAAAGGAAAGAAAAACCUUAAGUCUUUGACUCUCAAUUGGAAAGAUGAUAUUGGAGUGGUGAAAAAUAGUGAUAGCUUGCAAUUAUUUGAAAACCUUUGUCCUCAUUCAAAUUUGAAAAAAUUGGAAGUAAAAUGCUACCCAGGGGUGAGGUUUUCAGGCUGGCUUUUGUCCCUUUCUAAUCUUGUCGACUUGAAUAUAUCUGAUUGUGGGAAUUGUCAAUUCUUGCCAACGUUGGAAGGACUCGUUUCUCUCAAGUCUCUUCAUAUACGGAACAUGAAAGCUUUAGAGUACAUAUGUUAUGAAGAUUGUUCAUCAUCAAUGGCUUCACAUCGUACAACUAGCUUCUUCCCAUCUUUGGAGAAAUUAAAAUUUCUUGGGUGUGAAAAUUUGAGAGGAUGGCAAAGAAAGGCUGAAGUAAAUAAUAGAACAGAUGAUGAGAAUCAUCAUUCAUUGCCUCCAUUUCUAUGUCUUUCAUAUUUAUCAAUUGAGAAAUGCCCAAACUUGAGUUGCGUGCCUACAUUUCCAAAUCUUGUUGAGGGCUUGGAUUUGAGCAACUGUAGCAUGAAGCCAUUGAUGGACACAUUACAUAUGAGCACAGCUCGAUCACCCAAAGAAGAAGAAUUAUCAUUACGCCCAUCUCUAUCCAUGCUUGAGGAUCUAGACAUUGAUGACAUGGGCAUAGAAGCUUUACCAGAGAAGUGGAUGCAAAAUCUCACCUCUCUGAAGAAUCUUUCUAUUUCAUUCUUAUCAAGUCAAGGAAUUGUGCUUCAUCAUAUGAAACAUCUGCCUGCUUCCUUGAAGAAUUCAGUACCUGGAACAUGGACAACUUUGAUUUACAAGGUUGUAGUGAUGGCGAGGAUUUUAGCACAGAGUUCCAAGACCUUCAUUGCCUCCAUUCACUUCAAGGUUUUUGUAUUUACUCAUGUGAAAAUCUCAAAGCUUUACCAGAAUGGAUCUGCAAUCUCCAAUCACUUCGAUUUAUUGAUAUUCUGGGAUGUCAAAAUUUGGAGUCAUUGCCUGAAGGUAUGCAUCGUCUUGCUAAUUUGCAUACACUUAGUCUCAAUGGAGCUCCACUUUUAGCAGAAAAAUGUGAAAGAGGAAGAGGUUCAGAAUGGCCCAAAAUUUCUCAUCUCCCAAAUAUAGUGGUGGAUUGGCGUCCAAUCUAGCUAAUUCUUCAUCUCAUCCAUAUGAAAAUCCAGAGGAAGCUUGUUCAUGCAAUUUUGUUGAUAAUUGGCUUGAUGGUGCAAUCCCCAAAGAGGCACGUCGGAGCAUAAGUGAAAUGAGGAAAGAAUUUUCGAGGUUCAAGUAGCUUUAAGAUAUUGAAGAUUGCUCUGGUUUUGGUGGCUAACGCGGAGGAUUUUUAAAAAGCUUCGGUAGGGGUUGUAGUUAACAAGUGUUAGGUAGUUAAGAAGUUUUGGAAUAUAAUCAAAGGCGUAGAUGAAUCAUUUAAUAUUCUUGUACUAUGAUGUUAUAGUGGCAUAUGGACCGUCUAGAAUUGUUUUAAAGUGCUGUAAAUUUAAGUCUCACUUUUUGAUGUUGAUAUAAAAACUUGCAAUUGUUGAGGGGAAAAAAUGUAGUUGUUAUGAAUUA